GCCAAAAUUCACUAUGAGCUCGUUUUCUAAUUCUAUUUCCAACUCCACAAAAUUAGAAGAACAAACCGAACACUCUCUUCCUAUGUCAAAAAGUGAAGAUACUCAAGAUUACUCAGAAGAAUCGAAAGAUGAUAUUGUUACUCCUUGGAAUGUUACUGCAACUAGCUCUACGGGAAUUGAUUAUGAAAAGCUUAUAAAAAGGUUUGGUUGCAGCAACGUAACCGAAGACCUUAUUGUUCGCUUUGAGAAAUUGACUGGACAUAAAGCGCAUCCUCUUCUUAAAAGAAAAAUUUUCUUUGCACACAGGUUUUUUAAAAGGAAAUUUACUUUUACCAAUUUUAGGGAUUUUAAUUAUAUUCUCGACCUUUUCGAACAACACAAACCAUUUUAUUUAUAUACUGGUCGAGGACCGAGUAGUGGAAGUUUGCAUUUGGGACAUUUGAUCCCUUUCUUUUUUACAAAAGCUUUACAAGAUGCUUUUAAAUUAACGGAUGAUGAGAAAUUUCUUUGGAAAGAUUUAACAUUAGAAGAUUCAAAGAAAUUAGCUUUACAAAAUAUUAAAGAUAUUCUUUCUGUUGGAUUUGAUCCAAAAAAUACUUUUAUUUUUAUAAAUUCUGAAUAUAUGUGUUCAGCUUUUUAUGAAAAUGUUCUUCGUAUUUGGAAAGUUGUCACAAAUAAUCAAGCACGGGCAAUUUUUGGUUUUACCGGGGAAGAUUCAAUUGGAAAAAUUGCUUUUCCGGCAAUAGAGGCUGCCCCAUGUUUUUCUAGUAGUUUUCCUGAAAUUUUUAAUGGACGUCGUGAUAUUCCUUGUUUAAUUCCUAGUGCUAUAGAUCAAGAUCCAUUCUUUCGAAUGUGUAGAGAUGCAGCACCUCGUUUAAAAUUCCCUAAACCGUCAUUAAUUUGUAGUAAUUUUCUCCCAUCGUUACAAGGUGGACAAAGUAAAAUGGCUGCUAGUGAUGCAAAUUCUUGUAUUUAUAUUGAUGAUACACCAAAACAAAUAAAAACAAAGAUUAAUAAAUAUGCCUUUAGUGGAGGUCGUGAUACAAUUGAAGAACAUAGAAAGUUUGGAGGAAAUUGCGAUAUUGACAUCUCCUUUCAAUUUUUACGGUUUUUCCUAGAAGAUGAUCAAAAAUUGGAACAAAUUAGAGAGGAUUAUUCAAGUGGAAAAAUGUUAUCUGGUGAAAUUAAGAAAAUUGCAAUUGAUUUAGUUCAAAGUGUUGUAGCUAAACUUCAAGAAUGUCGAAAACAAAUAACCGAUGAUUCUAUACGUAAAUUUACUAUGCCCAGAAAAUUGGAUGCCCACGAUUUUUGA